AUAGUUUGACCGGUCAAGUAAUUUACACCAUCAUUUUUGGCGCCGGCCGUGGGACCGUUAAGGUUUCUUCUCCUAAACACAAACCUACCCACCAAAACACCACUCGAAAUGUCUUCCAGCCAACGAAUCAACGCUACUUCCGCUCAGGUGCAGGCCGCCAACGAGGGAGCCAGCAUCCCUGUGGCUGCUACCAUGCCGGUCAUUUCAGCCCCGGUGUUGCCUUUGGGUCUGAGCUCUGUCCCGACGGCCAGCGUGAUCAGUCCCUUCGUGACCCCCGUCCCUUCCGCUGGACCGAGGGUAACGUUCCCACCAAGCAUGACUCAGUUCAUGAAUGACCCAGCCAACCUACAAGCCAUCCAGGGCUUUGGCCAGGUCAUGGCCAUGUGCCAACAGAACGAGGGGAUGCCUUUCCUCCCUGGUAUGUUCCCAUUUGCCCUUCCAGGCGCGGGGACCAUGCCCCUACAAGCUCCGAUGGCGGUGACGUCGUUCCAGACGCCGGUGCCGCAACCAUCACCUUUCCAGCCCCAGCUGGUCAGCACCAUGGCCCCUGUCAACUUGGCCGGCGCACUUAACGCCGCGGGGCCGUCGCGUCCCCCGCAAGCUACGAAUCCACAGAUCACUCCUGAUGGUCACUGCGUCUCAAUUGAGAGUGAUGACGGCGAGUGGGACAUUCCGAGGGCCCACAAGAAGAAGAAAGGAAAAAACAUCCGUCCGGCAACUUCUCGAAACUCCGCCUUCGAAAGGCUGGGGGAUAGGGAAGAGGGCCAGAGAAAGUCAGCCAAGCUGAGGCUGGGGCAGAGCAUUGUCCAUGUCAAUGGGUUCGCUCGGUUAGGCGAGGGAAUGGAGGCCAAGCCUGCCCGCACCCAGUGCUCCCGAUCAAACCGGCGGGAGCCAGCAAGGACGAGGGCCUCUCGUCAAGAAGAGGAAGCGGAGAGCCAACCCAGGUUACCAAUGGCUAACCGGUUAACCAUCCCCAAUGAUCGCGUUCAGCAGAUGGAGGCAAAAUUGGAAAGGCUAGAGAAGACAGUCGGUGAGAAGAAUGACCGGGACAAACCCCUCGCAGGGUCCCCGUUCACCACAAGGGUCCAUCUGACACCUUUCCCGCGAAAGGUCAAGAUCGACGCACCUAGAUUUACCGGUAAGGAGGACCCUGAAAUCCACUUGGACUCCUUCAAUCAGAGUGCAACCAUGAAUGGUUGUACAGACGAAGAAAAGUGCCUCCUUUUCUUUCAAACCUUGCAGGACCGAGCUACUGAAUGGUUCAACAAGCUUCGCCCGGGAAACAUCGAUUCAUUCAGCGACUUGGCCUUGAAAUUCAAGGCCAAGUUCCUAGAGAACUGUACUAAGAGGAAGAAAUUCACCUAUCUUAGUACAGCCGGGCAGAGGGAGUCCGAGAACCUCACUCAAUUCCUUACCCGGUGGAAAGAGGAGGUAGACAAGGUGGAAGCGAUGGAUGACAAAACCGUCUUAUCCCUCCUCUUGAAUGGCUUGCGUGCUGGGGAACUAUACAAGGAGUUCUGCCGGAAACCCCCGGCCACGUACCAAGAGGCCUACCACACUGCAUGGGAGUUUGCUGAGGCUGAAACCCAACUCCGGGCAAAGAAAGAAGCUCAGCAUGGUUACAAGCCCCAGCCGGUGCAAGUCAAGAAGGAAGAAGCCCCGAGACCUAGCCGGCCAAGACACCACUAUGACCCGGUUGUCCAUGUGGUCAAUACGGAGGAAUGCCAAGAAAUCCGGAAAGCACCGGUCAUUCUUCCGGCAAACCCUACCGGUCAAACAGGGCGGCAAUGGUCGGGCACCUAUUGUUCGUACCACAGGUCAGAUUCCCAUAACACCUCCGAAUGCAAAGUGUUGCGAAAUUCAACAUCUUCUGGGAGGAUGGUGAAGUGGGCAAUGAUGUUAACUCAAUUCAAUAUUGAGUACCGGCCAAGGUCAGCAAUCAAGGGACAUGCCCUAGCUGACUUCUUAGUAGAAAUGACCGGUCUAACUCCAAACUUACCGGUCAACAAGCCCACUGAGCAAUGGUGGGAGAUGGUAGUUGACGGGGCAUCCGGUCCUAGAGGAUACGGGGGUGGUAUCGUGUUCACCACCCCAGAAGGGUUCAAGAUCUACCAUGCAAUCGUCUUCAACUUCAAACUGACGAACAAUGAGGCAGAAUAUGAAGCUCUGGCUGGAGGGCUCAGGCUUGCCCAAGCCCUGAAAAUCAGCCGGGUCAGUAUCAAAUCUGACUCUAGCCUGAUAGUUGGGCAGGUGACCGGUAACAUGGAAGCAAGGGAAGGACGCAUGGCACAAUACAAGGACCUUGUACUUGCCCUGUUGAGAGGCUUCGAAGAGUUCAAGAUCGCCCAAAUUCCCCGGGCGGAAAACGCGGACGCAGACCUUCUCUCCAAAUUGACGCAGUAUGCUCCCGAGCAUGUUUCAAAACUUGCUCGGGUAGAGAUCCUUGACCGUGCAAGCAUCGAAAAAUUGGAAGUCGCCGCUAUAACGGUCGGAAGCCAAUAUGACCGGUCAAACUUGGUCGGGGCGGACGACCAUUGGAUGUAUGAUCUGAUGGAUCAUUUGAUGGAUGGGAGCUUGCCAGGACAAGAUGACCGGGCAAGAAAAGUAAAGCUCAAGGCACCCCGAUUCCAUUCUCCCUAACCUAUGGAUGCGAAGCAAGGCUGCCCAUCGAAGCUGAAUUCCCAACGUUUCGGGAGUCAAAUUAUCAACCCCAGCAAAAUGAGGAAGAUCACUUGGCCGAACUCAACUUGGUCGAAGAGCGGAGAAUGGCCGCGGAAGUCAAAAUGAGCACAUACCAACAAGUUGUGAAGAAGUACCACGACAACAAAGUUAGGCCGCGUUA